GGAGGAGCUGUUCGGAUGGCGGGACGGAGAGGGAGCUAGAGUCUCCUCUCCACCUUCAACCAGCUGCCAUCCUACCGCUCCUCCCCCCCUCCUCCUCCUCCUCCACCUCCUCCUCGUCCACCACCGGAGCCACUUCUUUCUCAUCACAUCCCGAGGUCUCGGCGAGACUUGGUCCGGAGGCGACGUUGAGGCGCACGGAUCCGAUCCCCGACACAGCACACGGCUAGCGGCGGCUAGCUGGUUCCGAUCCAGCGGCUAGACAACUUCCAGUUAGCCCGCUAGCCUAGCCACAUCUCCGGUAAUGCUAGCCGGCUAACCCCGGGACUACUUCACUCCUCCCGGACGCUCUUCCGCGACUCGCGGCGUCAAGCGGGUCGUAAUAACCUAACCAUUACACCGUGACAGCUGGCGUUAAGCAUUUUGGAGAUGUGAGGAUUGGGAGAAGACCUUGGUGAUAUCGAGCAGCCUGUGCAUCCAGUUGACCCUCUGACCUCAUCUUCAGCAUGAAUGGUGAUAUGCCUCAUGUUCCCAUCACGACUCUCGCUGGAAUCGCUAGCCUCACCGACCUGUUGAACCAACUCCCGCUGCCCUCCCCUUUACCUGCCACCACCGCCAAGAGCCUUCUGUACAAUGGAAGGAUCUCCGAAGAGGUCAGCAGCUUGCUGGUAUGCCGGGACGACAGUCUGGUGACUCAGCUGGCGCGCGGCCUCAACCAGGUGUCCACGGAACACAUAGAGUUGAAGGACAACUUGGGGAAUGAUGAGCCCGAGGGUGACAUGCCAGUGCUCCUGCAAGCGUUGCUCUCCAGAAACCCCAAGAUCUUCCGAGACAAAAGUGUGACACAACCAGCCGUGCCGCAGUAUAAGAUUUCACCGAACCAAGUGCACCGGAGUCCAACGCCAAACUACCAGCAGACUCCAGUCGCUGCUCAAAGAUCCUCUGGGUGCUUCACUUCGCAACAGUCCGGGUCCGGAGCUCGGUUCAUCUCGCAGCAGCCGCAUUCCAACAGCCCCAUACCGAGUCCUUACACUCCUCAGAGUCCUGCUGACUACAUGCAGUACAGUCCACCUAGUUACUCGCAGCACCAGCAGACACAGCAAGUUGCUGGCAGUAUUCGAAAUCUCCACAGUAAGGUAUCUGCACCGCUAUCAAGUAACCCGUCCAAUCACCAUGUCAAGCCCGGCUCGGAUGACGACUAUGUGAAUAUAGCGCACAGACUUGGAAAUGAGGACAAUGAGCACUCCAUGAUGGCUGCGUUGUUCCCAGUCAAGUCGCCACAGUCCGAGUGUUCCCCUGACGACGGCGAAGAACCUGCCAAAUGGUCAAGACCACUGCUCAUCGUGCAGUCACCUUCCGCCGACGUCCCUCCAGGCGCCUCCCCCAACAGGCACCUUUCCUCUGCUGAGCGCAAAAAGAAGCAGAAGCAAAGGAGCAAAGUUAUCAGCGAGCCCGUGGACAAAAACGCCUUGUACGACAUUGUUAGAUCUCCAGCGAAAGACUCGGCGAGGCUGACCUUAAAGCUGUCCCGGGUGAAGACUGCAGAAAAGGAAGAGUACGCCGAGCAUUCCCCUGGGACAGAGGAGGACAGCAAAGCAUAUGUGACAAACAGUAAAAACGAGUUGCCGAGCGCUGAGCAGCAGGACGCCGAGUGCAAGUUGGGUGCCGAAGAGCCGCCGAACUGUCAGCAGGGAAACAGCAACGAGAGUGCCGCCGUCUCAGCCGCCAUUGUACUGGAUGACGCUGACAUCGACACACUCGCCGAGAUCGAGAGGACAGAGCGGGAGUCCGUCAGUGAGAGAUGGUCGAAAGAAGUCCAGGAUAAAGACAAGCCGCUGAAGAAACGCAAGCAAGACUCCUACCCCCAGGAGCCAGGAGCGGAGGAUGCACAAGGAGGCAACAGCGCCAGCAGCCAGUUGACACCCAAGAAGAUGAACGCUGCCAGUAAUGGUUCCACUCGUCCUGCGUUGAUGGUCAGUAUCGAUCUGCAGCAAGCCGGACGAGGAAUAAGACAGCCAGUGGUGGUCCUCGACGCCAAGCAGCUGUGUGACGAACACAUCAUGCGCCUCAACGCGGGAGCGGGCGUAGUUAAAGUGGACGGGCAGCGCCCACCCAUGAAGAAGGAGCCGGCUGAUGAUUUCGAGAGAUCCGAUUUGGAUAGCCGUUUGAAGCAGAAGCAGGAAUCCAAACACAGAACAGACGGCAAAAACGACAGCAGCAAGAAACGUGGGGUUUUGCCAAGGGUGAAGCCAAACAGAGACUUCGAUUCUCGGCACAAAGAGGAAAGGAAUCUCAACAGUCAACCGGAAACUUUGAAAACCUUAAGCAGGGCGGAGCGUAACUCCACUCAUAAUGACGACAAAGGUCGUGAGAAGAAGAAAACGAAAGAUAACAACGACAUUGACAAAGAUAAAGAAAAGGAUGGGGAUAAGGAAAAAGCGAAAGAAAGGGAAAGGCUCAAGGAUAGGGAUAAAGGCAGAGACUUGGAUCGGGAUAAAAUGAAGGAUAGGGAUAAAGACACAGAUGUGGAUCGGCAAAAAGAGAAAGAUAGAAUCAAAGAUAGGGACACAGACCGAGACAUGAAUAGGGAAAGAGAAAAAGAUAGAGAUAAGAUGAAAGACAGGGAGAAAAACAAAGUUAGGGAAAAAGAUGGCGAUAAAGAAAAGGACAGAAAUAGAGACAAAGACAGGGUGAGAGAUAGGGAGAAAGAUAGAGGCCGGGAGAAGGAUCAAGAGAGAGUGAAAGACAAAGAAAAGGACAAAGAGAAAAACCGAGUCCGGGAGAAAGUUCUAGAUAGGGAUAAAGAUCGAUCGAAGGAAAAGGAGCGGGAUAAGGAAAAAGACAAAAUUCGUGAGAAGGAGAGGAACCGGGAUAAAGUCAAGGAAAGGGAGAAAGAUGACAGACAUAAAGAGAGGGAAGACAAGGCAAAGAAACACAAGCCAUCAAAGGAUAACAGACGUGAGCCGUCUCUGGAUGGGACUCCCAAGCAGGACCACAAAACAAGGCAGGACGGUAGCAGGAACUCCGGCGAAAGGACAGAAAAGUCCACGUCUCAAUCCCCGCAAAAUAAAAAAGAGGGGAAGAGUGGGGGUGAAAGUGUCCCGGCCGCAAGCAAACAGUCUCCCCUCGAGAACAAACUGAGCGAGUUCCCCGCGUACCUGCUGAGCGGCAAUUCCAGGAGCCUGAAGAACUUUGUGAUCCCCAAAGUGAAGCGGGACGGCACGGAUAAAGGCGCCCAACUGCCGAGCGAGGUUGCCAUUGUUGACAACUGGAAAGAACCCCGCGUUUUGCUGGAGAGGAGGUCGCUGGUUGAGAACUUAAAAAAAGGCGCCAAGCCUAUUGUGACGCUUCGGCGACUGAGCACCGACGACAUAUACAGCCUCAAAAAGGAACUGAAGACCACCUACAAGUCUAGGAACUGGUCUUCUAGUCACAAAUCUAAAGAGACGUCAAACAAGCGCAGACACGGUAUGAUCAGCAAGACACCAAAGUACGCUAGCGACUCGGAUGAAAAGGAGAGCGAUGGUAGCAACAACGACGACAGCUCCGAAGAUGAGGUGGCAAGGAAAAGGCAGAAGAAAGGUCACGACAAAACAUGGAAGCAUGAGGCCAAAAAAGGUCGUCACCGCCAGCAAGAUUGGAGCUCGGAUGAGGGCGACCGGGGUCCACCUCCGAAUCUAAGUGACUUGUCCAGAAAACUAAAGAAAAAACAUAAAGAGAGAAAGUCGUACGAGAAGAUGCGACCUGAGGAUUUGAUGGACUCUUCCACAUUUAAGAGAUUCACAGCCGCCGUGGACAACAUUCUGGAGAACCUAGAGGAUGUGGACUUCACUGCUGCAGGCGAUGAUGAAGACGGUGAUGAUGAAAUACCCCAAGAAAUGCUGCUGGGAAAGCACCAGCUGGGCGAGUUGAGUAGCGAUUCGUCUAAGAUUAAAGAUAUGGGCAUCUUUAACAAGUUUCCAUCAGAAAAAAUAAUGAAAUUUAUGAAUAUCUUGGAGAAGAACAUUCAGGAUAGUGUUAAACUUUCAACAUUAAUGAACCAAGGCAACGACUCCAUGGAUGAGGAGCGAUUAUGGCGCGACCUCAUCUUGGAGCGUGUGACAAAGUCAGCUGAUGCUUGUCUGACCGCGCUGAACAUCAUGACGUCCCCACGCAUGCCCAAGGUUGUUUUCAUUGAAGACGUCAUCGAGAGGGUGUUGCAGUACACCAAGUUCCACAUGCAGAAUUCGUUGUAUCCUCAGUUUGACCCCACUUACAGAAUGGAUUCCCACGGAGGUGGCUCGCAUAAUUCAAAGGGCAAGAAAGCAAAGUGUUCCUCCCACAAGCAGAAGACGGUGAUCCAGCUUUACAACAAAGUGUGCGACAUUGUCAGCAGCAUUUCAGAGCUGGUUGAGGUCCAGCUGCUCACGGACACCACUAUCCUCCAGGUGUCCGCAUUGGGUAUCACGCCCUUUUUUGUGGAGAACGUCAGUGAGCUGCAGUUGAGCGCUAUUGGAUUGGUGACCGCAGUGUUCUCCCGCUACAGGAAGCACAGGCAGCUCAUUCUGGAAGAGAUCUUCAGCUCCAUGGCCAGGCUGCCCUCAAGUAAACGCAACCUUAGGAACUUCAGAUUAAACACCAGCGAUUUAGACGGGAGCAGCAAGUAUAUCCAAAUGGUCACCGCUUUGGUUCUUCAGCUCAUCCAGUGUGUGGUGCAGCUGCCCUCAAGGGAUGCAGAAGAUGAACAUAAUAAGAAAGUGGACAAAGAGGCACUCAUCACAAAUUCCUAUGAGACGGCAAUGAGAACGGCUCAGAACUUCCUGUCUGUGUUUCUCAAAAAGUGUGGCAGUAAGCAAGGAGAGGAUGACUAUCGGCCUCUGUUUGACAACUUUGUCCAUGAUCUUCUGUCCACUGUCAACAAACCCGAGUGGCCUGCUGCUGAACUGCUGCUGAGCUUACUUGGUCGCCUCUUGGUGCACCAGUUCAGUAACAAGCAGACGGAAAUGGCGCUGAGGGUAGCGUCGCUGGACUAUUUGGGCACUGUGGCGUCUCGCCUGCGCAAAGAUGCGGUGAAUAGCAAGAUGGACCAGAAAGCUAUCGACCGGAUACUCAAGGAGGUAUUGUUAACCGCUAGGAGGCAAAAACUCCAGAUCUCUGUUUUUAAGAUCAUGUCCUUGCAGUCACCUGGCAAUGAUGAGACGCAGCAACUCCAGAGGGCCUUGCUCUGCUACAUAGAAGAGAAGAGUGAAAUAGAUCCCUCUCUAGUGUUUGCCAGGAGUUUCUACAUUGCCCAGUGGUACAGGGACAUCACAAGUGAGGCAGACAAGGCCAUGAAGUCUCAUAACGACGACGACGAGGACCCUAAAGGUUGUGCCAACGAUGCCGACACCACUGAGGACAUAAUGCAGAGGGCUGAAUUGCGGAAAAAGUUUCUGCGCAAGGUCAUCAGAAACUCACAUACUGGGGUCCUCUCUGAGACGAUGGACUACAAGGAGUCAUGUCUCAUUGUCCGAUAUUUAGCCUCCAUGAGGCCAUUGGCACAGAGCUUUGACAUUUAUCUAUCACAGAUUCUGAGAGUUCUCGGCGAGAGCGCCAUUGCAGUCAGAACUAAAGCCAUGAAGUGCUUGUCUGAGGUUGUGGCUGUGGAUCCAAGUAUUCUCGCAAGGUCUGACAUGCAACGCGGGGUUCAUGGUCGCCUCAUGGACAACUCCACUAGCGUGCGAGAGGCUGCCGUAGAGCUCGUCGGUCGCUUUGUGCUCAGUCGACCCGAGCUCAUCGAGCAGUACUACGACAUGCUCAUCGAGAGGAUAUUGGACACAGGUAUCAGCGUGAGGAAGAGAGUCAUUAAGAUCCUGAGGGACAUUUGCUUGGAGCUACCCGACUUCCACAAGAUCACAGAGAUGUGCGUCAAGAUGAUCCGAAGAGUCAACGAUGAGGAAGGGAUUAAGAAACUGGUGAAUGAGACCUUCCAGAAAAUCUGGUUCACGCCCACCCCCAGUCACGACACAGACGCCAUGACCAGAAAAAUCCUCAACAUCACAGAUGUGGUCCUUGCAUGUAAAGAUUCCGGCUAUGACUGGUUUGAGCAGCUCCUCCAAAAUCUGCUCAAAUCAGAAGAAGCAGCUUCAUACAAACCUGCUAAGAAGGCCUGCAGUCAGCUGGUGGACAAUCUGGUGGAGCACAUACCCAAUAAUGAGGAGCCUAUUGCAGACUGUGAGGACAAAGGGGUGGACUCCAAUCACCUGGUAGCAUGCAUCACCACCCUCUACCUGUUCAGCAAGAUCAGACCACAGCUGAUGGUCAAACAUGCCAUGACCAUGCAACCUCACUUGACCAUCAAGAGCAACACUCCAAAUGACGUCAUGGUGAUUUGCAACGUCGCCAAGAUCCUGGAGUUGGUCGUGCCUCUGAUGGACAAUCCUAGUGAGAAUUUUCUCACAACCAUAGAAGAUGACCUCAUGAAGCUCAUCGUCAAACACGGCAUGAUGGUCGUACAACACUGUGUAAGCUGUCUUGGUGCUGUUGUGAACAAAGUGACGCACAACUACAAGUUUGUUUGGGCUUGUUUCAAUCGCUUCUAUAAUGCUCUGGCUAAACUCAAGACGCAGCAUCAGGAAGACCCCAACAGCUCCACCCUAAUCACCAACAAACCCACGCUGCUGCGCUCUCUAUUUACCGUAGGAGCUUUGUGUCGACACUUUGACUUCGACCAAGAGGAGUUCAAAGGCGCGAGUAAGAUCAUCAUAAAGGAAAAAGUGAUUGAGCAUCUCCUGUACUUCACUACUCACACAGAUGAAGUAGUCCAGCUGAAGGCCUUGAUAGGUUUAGGUUUCCAGUUGAUUAUGUACCCGGAGCUCAUGUUUGUGCAGGACGUGAAGAACCUCUACAACAACACCUUAUCUGACGAGCACAGUCUCGUCAGUCUGAAGAUCCAGGUGCUUAAAAACCUACAGACGUACCUACAAGAGGAGGACUCACGAAUGCAGGAAGCUGAUCGUGAAUGGAAGGACAAGUCCAAGCAGGAGGAUCUGAAGGAGAUGGGCGACAUCUCCUCAGGCAUGAGCAGCUCCAUCAUUCAGCUCUACCUGAAGCAAGUGCUGGAGUCCUUCCUCCACACGCAGUCCGCCGUGCGACACUUUGCUCUGAGCGUCAUCACGCUGACACUCAGCCAAGGCCUCAUUCAUCCUGUGCAGUGCGUGCCGUACUUGAUUGCCAUGGGAACCGACCCUGAGCCUACCAUGAAGAACAAGGCUGAUCAACAGCUAGUGGAUAUUGACAAGAAAUAUUCGGGCUUCAUCCAUAUGAAGGCUGUAGCAGGGUUGAAGUUGUCCUAUCAGGUCCAGCGGGCCAUCGCUGGUUCCAACGAGGCAGUCCUUCGAGGUUUCCGCCACCACGACACAGACGCAGCCCUCUGCUCCCACCUGUACACUUUGGUCCGGGGUAACCGUCAAUACCGGCGGGCGUUCCUCAUUUCGUUGCUGAACAUGUUUGACGACAGCUCUAGAGCUGAGGUGAACCUGCUGCUCUUCGUAGCGGACAACUUGGCCUGCUUCCCUUACCAGACGCAGGAGGAGCCUCUUUUCAUCAUGCACCAUGUGGACAUCACUCUGUCUGUCUCUGGGAGCAACCUGCUGCAGUCUUUCAAGGAGUCUUUGAGGAAAGGACCGCUGCCAAAGCCAAAGAAGGUGAAGAAGAUAAAGAAAAUAAAGAAGAAAAAGAAGAAAAAAACUCGCAAGAUGAGGGAAAGUUCUGAUGAUGAGGACAGUGACAGGAACAGUAGCCAAUCCAGCAGCAGCAGCAGUAGCAGCAGCAGCAGCAGCAGCAGCAGCAGCAGUAGUAGUAGUAGUCAAAGCAGCAGCGAUGAGGAGGACAAAAAAGUCCAGGGGCAGAAAAAGACGGAUUCCGACUCCGACUUGGAUAACGAGGAUGCAGUCAUAGCCCGCCUCCCUGAGGACACGAAGCCUCUACUGGACUUUUCCAUCGCCUCGCAGGGAAUCCUGCUGCUGCUCAUGCUCAAACAGCAUCUGAAGAAUCUAUACGGCUUCUCAGACAGCAAAAUCCAGAAGUACUCUCCAACAGAGUCGGCCAAAGUCUACGACAAGGCCGUCAACAGGAAACCCAAGGUGCACUUCAACCCUCGCCAGACCAUGGAGUUUCUCAAGGGCGGUCUUAGUGGCGCGGCCAUCAGCAAAGAGACCAAAAAGGAUAUUGUCAAACAGUAUUUAGAUUUCAAAGUGCUGAUGGAGCACCUGGAUCACGAGGAAGAGGACGAGGAGGGCGAAGCCAGCGCCAACGCCAGAAACAAGGCCAUCACCUCGUUGCUCAAGGGGCCCAAACCCCAAAACCACAACCACACCAAUCACACGGCACCGGUCGAGUCAGACGAGGAGGAGAGCGAGGAUGAAGAUCCCCCGCCGCAGAAGUCCAGAAGAGGCGACGUCUCCGCAGAGGAUUCUGCCAACAUGAGCGAGGGCGUGGCUGUGAUGGACGUCAUCGCCAUCUACUGCCCCAAAUACAAAGACCGGCCACAGAUCGCCCGGGUGGUCCAGAAGACCAAAAGAGGCUACAGUGUACACUGGAUGUCCGGUUCUUACUCGGGGCCUUGGGUUGUGGCCAAGAAACGAGAAGGUCGCAAGAAGGUGCCUUGGCUGGACAAUAUCAAGGAGUCGAACAUUAUUUAUAAGAAAAUCUCACUAACGAGCGGACAGAAGCUUACAAACAAAGUGGCACAGACAUUACGGGCGCUAUACGCCGCCAAGGACGGGACUAAACAUUGAUCAUCUGUAAUCACUCACACUCACACGGGGAUCCAGUAUGUUACUGAGAGAUGUUCAAAUCUCUUUUCUAUUUCAGGACCUAAUAGAGCUGGGGUGCCCAAAGCGGGGCCCACAAAAUUCCUGCCCAUUGGCACAUUUUCACUUUGGCCCUUGGAGACAAAAGGUUUGGGCACCCCUGCAAUAGAGGAACACAAGAAACACACCUGAAGGAAAUGUUUUGGGGAAAACAUUGGCGUGGGAGCUCCUUCGCUGUUGUGCAGCAACUUGGUUCAUUUUUACUCCCACUGACUUGUAUUAUAGUUGAACUAAAAUAUGUUUAUAUCUGAACAUAAUUCUGUAAAAAAAAGAAAGUGAAUGUUGGAAAUUAGUGUUAUUGACCAUGUUCUUAAUAAAGUGUUUUUUUGGAUUUUAAAAUAGAA